UGUGCGUCUAAUAUACGGAGGGAAGGAGAGUCGUAGGAGAGAAAUGAGAAAGAGGGCGACUCCUUUCCGCCUUCCUAUCGCCGGAAUCCGAUCUGCGGCGGCGUGAGAUGGCAUCUCUCCGGUGCCAUUCGCUCGAAAGAAAAUAAAGAACUCAGCAAGCGGCUGUCCUGCGUGUGAAAAAGGUACCGGAAUUAUUUUCGGACGGCCGUUUCCGGCCGGACCUGGUGAACGGAGCGCUGAAACAAGUUUUUUUUUCCCGCGUAUAGAAGAGAACAUACCGGGAUUGCUCUUACCGCUGCCGGCAGUCGUUUCUUUGUCCUCCUAUAAGAGGAGCUGGAACUUGAGAAGACAGGAUCCAUCUGCCUCUUUUGUUGUCGCCGGAGGCUGAACUACGCUGUACCUUCUCGACGUUUUCAAUCAUUCGCACAGUAAGCUGAGAGUACUUCUGUGUUUACGGAAAGAGCUUGACGGAAUCAGGCUAAGGCAUUCUUUACCAUGGCGUUCUUGCGGUACUCCUUCCCCUGAAGGAAGCGAAGCAAGUAAUAGAACGAAUCUAUACAUAGGAAGAAGCAAAUGGAGUUCAAUCUCGAUUGCCCGAUUAUGUUCUUUGAGGAGGAGUUAGAAUGUGAGUCGGGGUCAGUGGCGCGUCUUUUUUCCACGGAAUGCGAGCACAUGCCGGAGGGGAACUAUACGCAGAAGUACAGAACGAGGGAGUUGCAGGCUUCCGAUCGCCAGGAAGCCAUUUUUCUGAUCUCUAAGGUUGCGGGAUUCGACCCCUUCGUGACGUAUCUCGCGGUGAAUUAUCUCGACCGUUUCAUCUCCCGGCAGGAAAUUCCGAAGAAGUCUUGGAUACUUCGUCUUCUUUCCAUCUCUUGCGUCUCCCUCGCGUCGAAGAUGUGCAAGGCGAAGUGUUCACUAUCCGACUUUCAGGAAGAAGGGCUCGUCUUUGACGUUCGAACGAUCCGAAGGAUGGAACUCUUAGUCCUCGGCGCCUUGAAAUGGAGAAUGCGAUCUGUUACUCCAUUUUCCUUCAUCAAUUUUUUCUUAUCCCUCUCCGACCACGACGAUCCGUCACUAACGGCCGAUCUAAAGGCACGGACGGUGGAGACCAUCCUGACGACCCAAGCUGAGAUCAAGUUUCUGGAAUUUCGUCCUUCGAUUGUCGCAGCGGCGUCACUUCUCUUGGUUUCUCGGGAAGUCUCUCCGUCGUGCUUCGCCAGCAACUGGGACGCCCUCUCCGGCUGUGUCCAUAUAAAUAAAGAGCGGCUGGCGAGCUGCUACGAGCUGCUGCAGGACGUAAUUGCCAUCGAGAAGCACGAGCCGGCAUCCCACUCGCUCUCCGACGGCGAUACGCCGGUUGGCGUGCUCGACCUCCACUGCUCGGUCUCCGAAAGCGAAAAGAGCGACAGCGGCUCUGCGACGUCGUCCGGCGGCCUGGCCACCCUCCAGCUUUACCAGACUGUGGCAGCAACCAAGCGGCAGAGGCUCGACGACCUUUGCAGUAAGGUGGCGCAGACCUCCCAGGUGCACCACUGCCCAAUCUGACCGCCACACGUAUCAUCUCCCCCUCUCUUAUAUAUUAGCAUAGCUUUGUCAUCUGUUAUGUACGGUCGUAUCAAGAAUCAAGGGGUACUGACAGAGAAAAGGGAGACGGAGAAUGCUUCUUUGGUGAAAGUCUACUUCCACAGAGAGAAGUAUGGCAGCUACCAAUUUCUCCCGCUCUCUCCCUCUGGCCUCUGGUUUAAGAAAUUGUGUAACUGCUCGUUAAAAACAAAUAAAAAAAUGAAAAAGCUGAAGUUGAACUUAGCA